GCCAACGGGUAAAUACAGCUUUGAAAUCACACUGAGAUGGUGUGGGUUUGAGUCCAUGCCAACAGAGAUUACUCCCGCUUCCAGCAAACGCUACUGAAGUGUUCUUUUUAUGCAUUAACUCAAACAUCAAUGGAGAGCCUGACCUUUUAACUUCUUGCAAGAAAAACCAAAAUGCUACGAAUACUGACACAAUCUGGAAGAACGCCAGGUAAAGAACACAGCCAUAUGCAGCAUCGGUGCAUGUGCACGCUUUGCAUGACACCCAACACUUACAUUGGCGUUCAGUCACACCAAACAGCUGUGGGGAAGCCGAGGGAGUUAUGUGGGCACAGUAUGCUGCAGAAAGAGGCGGGGAUAGUUGACCCGGAAAGAAGCAGCUUUAGACAGACACAGAAGUCUGUUUGUGCCGUGCAAAGGCAGGACACAAAGGGAGACCUUACAAAAAGUCCAAUACUGAAAGUAGACACUCUAGGGAAAGUUAUUUCGGUGGUUCCCCGUGAUCCCCAUGUCCUGAAAGAGACUUCCAGACUGAGAUUAACCGUUAAGGGAAAAUUGCCAAGUUCGUGACCCACGCCUUUACGUGCGUGCUCUGGAAAUUGCUACAUGUAUGCAUUUAGACAUGGGUAAAUAGAACAGGCUGUAAAUAUAAGGGGCAAGCUUGCUAAACUGCAUGUGUAUGACUGUGUCCGGCAUGUCCAUGAUUGCUACACAGUGGAAGAUACAGAAAAUAAAGGCUAUGUUGUUAACUUCAACGUCUUGCUUCAGCCUACACGGCAGUUUCCCGCAUUUGCCUAUAUGCAGAUGACACCGGACAAAAUUAACACAGUAAAAACAGUGGAUCCUGUAACUAAUUAAUCCUUUUCAACUGGCAUUUCUCUGUGUGUGGUGUGUAUUCCUCAUUUGCCAUAUUAAAUUUAACAUGCUUGACAAAUGCAUACUUAUGCGCCUAUAAUGAUGACGUGGUGUCUCAUCACCAGACAACUUGACCGGAUGGGGACAGUAAGGGACGGACGGCAAAAGAACUUUGCCCUGGGCGACUCAUUGGGUGGGACCGCCUUGGAAACGUGAACGUUUGCAAGGGGAACUAUGUGGAUCUAACUUGACUAGUGUGACUAAUCCACCUCCGCUUGUACAUGCCACCUCUAAACAUGGGCUCGGAACCGACGACUGGAGUCAAGCCCAUUGCCACGGACGUCAGCGACAGAAGCGUGACCCUCGACUGGUCGGAAUGGUACCACGCGAUCGACGGCGAUAACCUCUUCUUCAUCCGCUUCAUCAUCAAGUACCGCAUCGCUGAUAAUGAUGCAUCCAUGGACUACCGGAUAGCGGCCGAGCUGCCCAGCUACCAGACCCGGCACACCGUCAGUGGACUGAAUGAGCGCACACGAUAUGAGUUCAUCGUAGAAGGAGUGAGAUUUGGAACAGAGGGCGAAGAGAUUGGACCCGUCACAAAACCUCUCGUUGUGAUCACGCCGUGUGGAGGUCCGUCGCAGGUCAGUAAUCCAAUAGUGUGGCCUCAGGACGGCACUGGUAGGGUGUUAAAACUGUCCUGGGAACGCCCCACUGACCCGGACUGCUCCCCUACCAACUACAUCGUGGAGUUCCGACUGGACAGUCUUGAGCAGUGCGAGGACGUCGAGGAACCAGACAGUCUCUCCCGAGCGGGCAGUACCACGCUCACCCAGUUCACGAUAGGCGGACUGCAUCCUCACUCAACGUACACUGUGUUCGUCACAUCACGCAACCAGCAUGGAAUGAGCAUUGCAUGGCAGCAAAGUGUUAGGACCAACAAAGACGUGCCCUCUACAGAACCCACCGGCUUGACCUCCAGGUACGAAGACGGGACAGAGCUCCAUAUUUCGUGGAACCCCAUCCCAUGCGGCCAACGAGGCGGUGCCAUUACCGGCUAUUCCUACAUCCUCCUGGAUGUGACAACAGACCAAGUGACCCACAGCGAUCAUACCAGCGAAACCAGCGUAGUUUUCCCCACAUUAUCUGGCCUCAGGCGCUACAAGUUCCUGGUGGCCGCUACGACUGCGGUGGGACGCGGACCAUACGCUACCUACACAGUGGACGCCCAACCCAAGCUCAAUGAGAUUUGCGGUAUUACGGCGCCGCUAGACAUAAGAGACACCAUUCAGAAGAUCACGAGUGGCACAGACGCCCGUAAAGGCUCUGCCCCCUGGCUUGCACAACUGUGGUACGUCGACAAGGGAACCCUCUUCUGUCAUGGGUCCAUCCUGGACAACCGCUGGAUCUUGACGGCUGCACACUGCAUCCGGGUUCGCAAUGCCACCAAAAACGACAUCAUGAUCCGGCUGGGCGAUUACGACAAGAGUUUACCAGAGACAGAGGAGCAAGUCUAUCGGGUGGAGGACAUCAAGGUACACCAGGUUUUCAAUACAAGAUUGUUUGAUGCCGAUGUGGCCCUCAUCAAACUCGUACAGGCGAUCCAGUUCACUGACCAUGUCAGGCCUAUAUGCUUACCCGCAAAGUCGGUAUCCAAAUCUAUGCUCAAGGUUGGCACGUACGGGGUGGUGUCCGGCUGGGGAAAGGUCUCCAGCGGCGACGAGGACUAUCCCCGCCACCUCAAGCGAGUCAUCCUUCCUGUCCAGAGCCAGGUCACCUGUCGACGCUCGACAAUUUACGAUGUGACCCCCAACAUGUUCUGCGCUGGUUACAGUGCAGCGGGUAAGGGGGAUUCCUGUGAAGGGGACAGUGGGGCCCCAUUUGCGGUCCAACGCUUGAACUCUAAUAAAUGGUACAUUAUAGGAGUGGUAAGUUGGGGUGAGGGGUGCGACAUAAAAGACAAAUAUGGGUUCUAUGUGCGCCUCCACCGAUACACAGCGUGGAUUCGAAAGCAUACGGGAAUCAAAUUGAGCUAGUCAUAGAGUGUCUUGACAUUUUGUUGUGACCUAUGCACAGCUUUGACUCCUGCUCUUUUGAAUUCGACUUCAGUAUGUAAAUGUAGCCAUAUCAUUACUCCAAAGCUUUACCAGAAUAUCAGUUUCAAAUGCGACGUUACACGCAGUAGCUGCCUUGCGCUGUAGUUGUGUAAUUAGAUUAAAAAUGUGCGCUUAAAUUCAAAAUGUGUAACAGCUAUGUAGUCCGCUAAAUAGCAAUUUCGAAAUGAUGAUAAUCUAUUUAAUUUCUACUGGCCAUUUUUGUUGGUCUACAGUUUUUUUUUCGUUUAAUGGUGCUGUUGUGCUUGAGCACACGAAAAGACUAUAAAUAGAAGGUCUGUUGUUAGUCUCAAAUUUCUGCUUGGGGCCGGAUGCAAAAGUGUGGGCAUUAUUUCCCGCCAAUUAUUUACACUAAGGUGCCUGUUCUGUAUGCGUGAGAAAGUUUCACUUCAUGUUAAUAAUCAGGAACUGUGGAUUACAAAACUGAAAGCAGAAGUUUAGAGUCUUACUCGGCGAUUUAGCCUAAAUAGAGAGCGGACAAACUCUAUACCAAGUUGAAUACAAUAUGCUGUGACUGAUUUGAAGCACUGUAGUCACAGUUUCGUUUUUUUAGACAAACUUUCUCCGUGAUUACAUUACCGCGUGACUUGCAACUGAUUUUAUCCAAGGGUAAUUACUAAUCGAAUCAGUUGACCGAGACAUGUUAAAUAACAAUUACGUGAACUUAUAACAUACCAUGAUUAUUGAAAUGGUCACCAUUGGAUAUCGAGUUUCACUGUAUGUGCAUCUGCCAAAAGAAGUGUAUUUUCCCAAUCAUGCAGAACAGUCUCGCCGUUUGUUCACGUGAAUGAACAUUCAGUUGUCUCAACACAGAACUAUUUUAUAUGCGGAAUACAUGCUCUCAGAUAAGGUUUAAUUUAGCACUACUAUGCUUUGAAUGGAAAGAAGUAGUGGUACAAUAUAUGUAUGCAUUUCGCUUGGACCGUAAAGGGAUUGCUGUUUUUCUAGUGCAGUUUUGCUCGGUUUCAACGUGGAAAUUCCAUGUAAUAACAACUGGCCUGAGCCUGAGAUAACUCGGUCAACGAAUCUUGGACUGUUGGAUUGCACUUCUAUAGUUUGGAUAAGUGCAGCGUAGCGUACUACUGUAAUAGUGAAGUUUCGUAGCCUCAAUGGUCACCAUCAUAGCAGAGGGUAAAAAAGGGUUCCCUAAUAGCUUUUUUGUUGUGUUUGGUUGUUUUUCCUAGCUUGCUUUUGCACAAAAGUGGGCACUCCAUUUACAUUCCUCAGCCACACGUCAAUGGGGAGAGCGAUUGGUUACACGAUGUUAAUGCAUGUAACAUGUUGACAGAGUCAGUGCUUCGUGUAAUGGCUUUUCAAGUUGAAAGGUUUAUUUUAGGAAUUUUUUUUAUUGUUUUGUAGAAGCCUUAAGUUAUUUCUUGCCAAAUGAUCCGGUUUCUCUAUAGAAUAUAUUUUUAAAAGGUGUUUUCGUAGCUUUACCUUAAUUGCUUAGAAAGUGUUUUGCCUCAAUGUUUUGCCUUGACGAUAGCUGUGAUAAGCGUUCCUUGACUCACAAUUAUGUGUUAAGCGUAACUAAAUCGAUACCAUUCACGUUUUUUCGGAACAGCCAUUCCUGCUUUUUGCACCUUUAUGUAGAACUGUCGCUCAUAAGAGCGCCAUUAUACUCAAAACGUCACGUAUCUUCGUUUGAAGAGGAACAAGUUCAGCGUUUGUAAGCGCUGCCCUUUGCAGUUGCAUUAUUUGUCCGCACUGUUGAGUAUUUUAGGCAUGACGCUGACACGUCCACCGCCCACGUUUGUAAACGACAAGUGCACUGCGUUGCUUGAUUAAUGUUGUACCUCGUUGAUUGGAAAUCGACAGGCAAUAUUUUAAAGGCUGUAAAAUGAAGACUAUCCUGACUCACAGGGCAUGAUAGUGGAUAAGAAAGUCAUAUUAGACUUUGUUGUUAAUAACAAAUAUACGCCUGAAAGUGCCUCAAGGCCCGCAUAAACGUAAGAAUAGGAUAUUUUUUUAAUCAAAAUUAAAUUAAGUUGAAUCUCUUAUUGACGCAUGUCAUCUUUUGAAUGCCUUUGAAUAGUGACAUUACAUUCAAACCAAGUGCAAUAAUCGUCUGCUACUGGCACAACCGAAGCAGAAAAAAUCUUUCGUUUUCAACUUUAUAGGUUAAUCUUCAAAUUCUAAAUAUUAAAAUGUUCACUGUAGGGAGGAUGAACUGUAUUUAUUUCCGGAGUACGCAAAGGCAUGCUAUUAAGUGAUUAAACGUUGAUUGAUUUGAUGUAGGCCUAUGUUAUUUUAUUAAAAAUUGUAUUGGCGGACAAAAUUUAGAUGCUACAUGGCUAUAGACUUUAGUUGCAACAUUUUGUUCAUUUAAAAUUUUAACUUUAGGUAAAUUUUUAAAACAAAAAGUAGUUCAAUAAAUUGAAAUAGUUAUUAGCUUUUCUAUUUACACUCUUGUUCAACAAUGUAAAAUAUUUAUCUUAUUAUAUUUUUGUGUAUAUAGUGUACAUACUAUGCAAUUUAUAAUUUAUUUUGUGCACGUUAAUGAAAUAAGCCUAUCGAUAAUGUUGUCAGAGACAUGACUUUUCCCCAGAAAAGAAUUAAAUGUCAUCCUCGAAUUUUGAU